AUGGAGGAUUCUAGUGACCUCCGUGAUCGGCCAAGUAUUGUGUCACGUUUUUUCUCAAGUCUGUCUGUGAAAUAUCAGUAUUACUUGGAUAAGUUAACACCAUAUAGUUUGAUUCGGUGGGGAAUCGCUGUUGCUUUCGUCAUCCUUUUUCUUUGGCGAAUCAUCGAACUACAAGGUUUCUACAUUGUUACUUAUGCUCUCGGAAUUUAUUAUUUAAAUUUGUUCCUUGCGUUUCUGACACCGAAAAUUGAUCCAGCACUUGAUUUUGAAAGCGAAGAUGAAGAUGGACCAACUUUGCCGUCCAAGGGAAGUGAAGAAUUCCGUCCAUUUAUGAGACGUUUGCCAGAAUUUAAAUUUUGGUAUUCAGCUAUUAAAGCAACAACCAUUGCGUUUAUAUGCACAUUUUUUGAGAUAUUCAAUGUCCCAGUUUUUUGGCCUAUACUCGUUAUGUAUUUCAUCGUCUUAACUUGUCUGACUAUGAAACGACAAAUUAUGCAUAUGAUAAAAUACCGCUACAUACCGUUCACUACGGGAAAACCGCGAAUGCGUGGAAAAGAAGAUUCCGGUGUGGUUGUGCAAGGCUAG